AAGGAACAGGCACAAGAACAAACAAGAUAACUGCCGAACUCUCCUUCAGUUUGGAACACGGAAAGCUGCACUGACACGAAAAAACAUCAAUCAAUCUCUGCUGCAGAUUAAAAAAAGGAGGAGCCCCUUUCCAACGAGAUUAGAAAACAAUUAGAGAAGGGUUGCACAAAUAGAUAAACAAACUAUCCAGCUCCGAUUGACAGUUACAACUUUUAUUUCUAAAAUAAGUUUGGGAAUCAACAACAGAGUCGAGAAAAUGAUGCAGAUCUCAGAAUCCCACCUGCAGAAGAACUCCCUGUUCAACUCCAUGAAUCGCUUCAUUGGAGCCGUCAACAACAUGGACCAGACGGUGAUGGUGCCCAGCCUGCUGCGGGACGUCCCACUGGAAGAAGAGAGGGAAAUGGCCGUCCUCAAAAGCUCGGGAAACAACGACAUCGAGGACGGCGACAUGUACAGCUACUACCAGCUCCUGAAGUCCAUCCGCUGCGACAUCGAGUGGGGGGUGAUGCGCGCCGGGGAAGCCGAGAAGCGCAAGGAGAGCCGGGGUCCCAGCUCUCGGAUUGAUUCCGAGGAAGAAGAAUCGGAGGUGUCGUCCGAGGAAGACGAGGUUAACCUGCAAAAGCAGUUCCAGUUCCACAUGACAGGGCUUCACGGGGUGCUGUCCAAGCUGACGCAACAGGCCAACACUCUCACCAACCGCUACAAGCAGGAGAUCGGCAUUGGAUGCUACUGAAGUGUUGCGUAAUGACCCGAGCGAACCCGCAUUCCCUGAUAUCGAUGUUGUAUUAUUUAGCGGAAAGGAGUUGAACUGAACUGAAUAGUCUAUCACUUAUGAAAUUCUUUUGAAUAGAUGGAGAGAGAAAGAAAAAAAGAGAUGUAAUAUUUAACCUUUGUUGAUCCAUAGAAAUGUUGUGGUUGAACUUCAGUGUGGUAUACCUGGGUUCCAUUACCCUCUGUUUUUCACUCUGUUUUGCGCGCUGUCUGUGUUUUAUGAGCCGUGUUCAACCGUGACCCAUGCAUUCAGCUCAAGUGGUACACCUAUAAUGCAUAUCUAUACUUUUAUUUAAUAUUGAUGUAUAACUUAUUACCUCAUACUGUAUGUUUGAGAGCUGUAUAUUUCAUGGUUGAAGAAGUGCAUGACCGCAGACAUUUGGCUACAUUUUGAACAUCCCAUUAAGGGAUAAAUGCGCAUAGGAUUUAGCAUUUCUAAUGAUGCCAAUGUGUCAAAUAGUCUGUACAGGUUUUGUACUUCUUCCUAUUGUGCCGUUAUUAUGUGCUUAGCUAAAUGGAGGAGGCUUGACAGAUUCUUGCCUGUGAUCCCAAUGCUACCCUAUAUGAUCAAUGAACUGGAAUCAACAGAUGGUUCUUCUGAAAUAAUGAAGGAUUCCAAGAGAUCAUCUUAUUAUGGUGUUAUUGCCAUGGUAAUUAUGGAGAGGUGAAACUCUAUAAGACCAUUUAUUUAAUGUACUAUUUUAUGUUUUGUAUUGAAUAUAUUUGUAUGGAGAAUUAAACUUGUUUUUAUAA